UUCAGUCCAGUCCCUUUGCCUUUGCUCAAAUACACACUCACACUCAUCCGGUGUCAUCCACACGAACGCACACACGCGCACAUUCACGCUGCGACAGACGCGUUUGCAGAUUGCCCGCCUGCCGCUUCCAGCGCUACCUUUCUCUCCAGGAGACGCGCAAGAAGACCUGUUGGAUAUAAGCCAUUUUGUGUGGAGUUGACAAAAGUGUUGCUACUUUUCGCGUCCCUCGACCUCUUCAGUGAAACCUAAUGUGACAACUUUUUUGAGAGGGGGAAGUGGAUCUUCUCAGUUCAGCACUCUUGGAUUUUAUGGGUGAAUGAACUGGUAAAUUGCAUAUCAAAUUCCCGAACCGAUCAAAAUCAGCAUUUGAUUGGCAACAUGAAUAAUUCGGUGAAAUAACUUAGGACACUCCUCUGGAUCAAGAGAUUUAAAGUGAUAAACACAGGGCAGCUUCUCCUCUUGUGGAGUGAACAUGUAUCGGAGUGUGUGUGUGUCAGUGGCACUGCUGACUGUCCUGGUGCUGACAGUGGGGCUGCCCAUGGGCCAGGCCUGUCCCAGGAGCUGUAACUGCUACCAGGCCAGCGAAGUCCACUGUACCUUUCGUUCCCUGCUCACCAUACCUCCUGGCCUGCCUGCACACACACGCCGCAUAAACUUGGGGUUCAACAGCAUCAGCAGGAUCCAUGACGGUUCUCUGGCUGGGCUAAAGAAGGUGGAGCUUCUGAUGCUCCACAGCAACGACAUCCACCAUCUUCCAGAUGUGGUUUUCAGAGAUAUGAAAUCACUGCAGAUAUUAAAGCUGAGUUACAACAAGCUGAAAGAGAUUUCUUCAGCUCUUACCUUCUCUGGCCUGACCUCACUGCUGCGUCUGUACUUGGAUCACAACCUCCUCGAGCACAUCCACCCCCGGGCCCUGCUCCAGCUGCCUAGCCUCAGGCUGCUACGUCUGCAAGGGAACAGGCUGCAUCAGCUGCACCCUCACUCUCUGUGCACUCUCUCCCUCCUGAAUACAUACUACUUCUCUACUCUCAGACACCUUGACCUGUCCAACAACAGUCUUACCACCCUGCCCAGAGAGACCUUAGCGACAGCACCUCUGCUGGAGAAUCUUGUGCUGCAGGCUAAUCCAUGGAGUUGUGACUGUAGAAUGAACUGGUUUUUGAGUUGGAGUCUGGCUCAUCCAGGCAUAAUGAAAUGCCCCAGUGAUCCUCAGUGUCCAAUCUGCGACUCACCCAGUUCUCUUCAAGGGCAGAGCUUUCUUGAGAAGACUGACCUACCGUGCGCCUUGCCUGUCAUACACUUGCCAGGAAGAGACACGCCUUUGGAGACAGAAAUUAGUGAAAUCCAAUCGAGUGAAUCUUUCAGAGAGCCUUUAGGCUUUGCCUCUUUGGGUCUGUCAGACCAACAUGGGAACAGUGUUGAUCUGAGUUGCAACAUCACUCACUCUUCUGAGUCCCAUGAUAUUGCUCCUCUUCCAGAUCUCUCCCGUUCCUCCUCUUCUCCUCUUCCCCUUGCUUUGUCUCUCUCCCUGGAGUGCCCUGUGGAGAGGCCCAGCUAUGAGAAACUUUGGAGGAUCCUCGCUUACUACAGUGAGACUGCGGUUCGCCUUGAAAGGGAGAUCAUGCUGAGCAAAGCCCCGGCAUUGGCCUAUCGCUACAGGCAGGCACCAGAGACAGAUGGAUAUUAUCACACUGGAGUCAAAACUUCUGUUAAAGCCAGACCACAGUGGUUGCUACAGCCAGCCAUUAGCAUUCAGCUAAACAGAGCACAGUCUAACGGACACAAAGUUCAACUUAUAUACUCAACAAGAGUUUCUGCUCAUCCUGACCCUACUUCUCAUUCCUCAGCAUCCUCACCUACUUCUCACCCAUGGGUGCUGAUUUCAUCUAAUCACUCCACCUCAGCACUGGUAGCAGCAGCAGGCAGUAAAGUGGAGCUGCGUUGCCCUCUUAGGAGUUCUGGUACCCCCAAAGUACAAUGGAUUCUCCCAGAUGGAUCCAAGCAUGUCUCCCCUGUCAAAAGCCUAGAUCGUGGGCUGUGGGCCUCUGGUUUACUUCUACACAAAGUGCAGCUCUCAGAUGCUGGGAUCUACUAUUGCGUAGCCCAAGCAGGCAGGGAUGUUGAUGUGCUCCCCCUGAACCUGGCAGUGGAGGAGUCCUCUGUGCCACCCUCAGGAGAGCAAGUUGGUCCUCCUAUUACCACGACAGUGGGGGAACCUGUCAGUCUGUCCUGCAAGGCAUCUGGUUCACCAACGCCUCUUAUCAGUUGGAUGUUACCAAAUGGAAACGUAGUGUGGCGGGGAUUAGCUGUAUCAGGUGGGCUCACUAUACAAUCAAAUGGGAGUCUCUCUCUACCUAAACCUUCUCAGAGGGAUGCUGGUCAUUACCGCUGCAUUGCCAUCAAUCAAUAUGGUAGUGACUCUCUGUCCAUGCACUUGGAAUUACACUCACAACAUCCCCCUCCACUUAGGAUGUCUUUUCCCAGAGGGCCGCAGUCAGCUGCUGGCAGAUCAACCAAGAUACGAGCUCCAUUACUAGAUCAAGUGGAGGAAGGAUCAGGGGACGAAGAAGAAGAGAGAACUCUUAUUACAAAUAGUAAGCGCCCAAGACCUCCUCAACCUUCUCCAAACAGACGUUAUCCAAUUGGAAAACCCAGAAGGCGUGGGCCUAUGAGAGAGGGCCUCCUGAGAAGAGGAGGUGAGCCGGUAUCAUUCAAUGACCAGAGAAGAAACCGCUUUGAGAACAAACACAGAGUUGCCACAAAAAAACAAAGGAUAGACCCUCAGAAGUGGGCUGACCUCCUGGCUAAGAUACGACAAAAGACUGCUCACAGUAAUAACAACGAGUCCAUCGCAGCAGGAAAGCCCACUGCUGAACCGGUGAGAAGAGCCAAAGUCGGAGACAUAGGAGAACUUGAGGGAAAUGAUGAUACAGAGAGAGGUAGAGCUGGGGGAGCAGGGGUGAAAGCAGAAGCUGAAGGGUCAUCUGGUGAUGAUGUUGACCUGCAAGAGGAGGGCCUACAGCCCAUUCACACUGUACACACAGAAAUGCAGACCCACACAGAGACAAAAAAAGAUGCUGAGACAGACACAGAGCUAAAGAAAGGGACAGAGAGGACAACAGAAACACCUGCUGGUAAAGAGACACACAUGCUAACAGAGAAGGCAGCUCCACAGACAGAAACAGUGACAAACUCAGAUACAGUGAACGAACUAGUCACAUAUAAGCCUAUCUCAGGGACAAAUGAAAUUAUCCCAGAACGAGGUGAAGGAGAUGAACAAGAAGAAAAACCCAACCCAUCAAGAGUCAGUCCUCAGAAACCCCGACAGGAACUCUUUCAUAAUUCAGUUCCAAACUCCCGAACUCAGAGCCCUUGGAACACUCGUAGAAGGAUUGGACAGAGAAGACGAAUCAUCAACAGGCACAGGGGGCGACCUUUGAACCUGCCUCAACCUCUCCCUAACCCUGUGAACCCAACGUCACAAACUGUGACACCUGAAACUACCACAGAUCAAAUCAACACCACGUCAACAACAUCUCUAGUUAUUUUGUCGACACAGAUAGGCAUUAUAAGGACUGGUGUGGCACUGAAUUCUCUGUCUCCCCCUGUUUCUAACACUCUUGAUAUCUCCACUUCAAAAUCUACCUCUCCCUCACUGACUCCUUCUCCCUUUUCUUUCACCUCAUUGUCCCCCACACAUAAAGACAUGAUGACUCACUCAGCCAACAUCCCAGACACUGCAGAGUCCACUCUUUUCGACACACCAACACCAACGCCAGCUCAGUCUGAUACUGCAAUAGUGCAGAUGCAUGGGCCAGACACAGACACGAGGAUGCAUACACAUGGCAUACAGACACACACAAAAACACACACAGCCUUAGGCAAACAUGUUGAUAGGCCCUCAGGCAAACACAAUGAAGAGCUGGAGAGGAAUUUGUCGUUUGUGUCCCACUCCUCCACCUCUCUCUUGCCUACUCUCUCCUCCAUCACUUCCUCCACAAGCAUCAGUGACGCUACAGCUGACACUGCUGCUGCAAAAAUGUCAACAACUUAUUCAACUGCUCUCAAGAGCACUCAUUCUGGUAAUUCCGCUGGAAGCGCUACAAGUGCGUCUACUACUACAGUUAAUAAGGACACGUUUCCCACAACAACUACAGUCACUCCUAUGACAACAAGUCCCAUGAUUUCUACUACAACUACCAUUAUUAUUCCAACAUCUAGCACAACCAUAAGUACUACAACUACUCUUACGUCUACCCCUACUACCACACCUAGUCUUACAACAACACCUACCUCUAGUACUUCUUCAACUAUCCCUUCAACUACUACUACUCCUACUGCUUCUAGUACUACAGUUUCAUUCAAAGCUAUUCCCACAACUCCAAACUCCAUUGCUACUACUACUACUACUGCCACAACUGCUACAACUACUAAAACUACGUCCACCACUAGUACUAGAAUUACCAUCUCACCCCAAACUUCUCCAACCACCGUAAAGACAGCUACACCCAAUGCGCCUUCUACUACUACCACAACAAUGAGAUCUGCAAGUGCUGUAUCAUCAUCCAGAGAGAGGCCAAGCACUGGCCAUUUUCAACCCAGAGGGAGGCCUGUUUCUGGGGCUCCAAACCAGAGUCGACCCCCUACUGAGUGGAAGAACCCUGGAGCUAAUUCUAUUCCUGAUUCACACAGCAGCAGGCCACGCUGGCCUCCCUCCCCUCCACUCCCUGCUGUCCCUGGGGCCCCAGUUGUGAGAUCCAGACCAAGGAUUGCAGACCCGCACAUCAGGACAGUGUCGUUCCCAUCAGAAAGCACUGCCAGGCUGGCUUGUGAAGCUCAAGGAGAGCCGAAGCCCUCCAUCACAUGGACCAAGGUUUCCACAGGAGCAGUGAUGUCAAUCCACUCCAGGGCUCAACGUUUUGAGGUCUUGCCAAAUGGCACCCUUGUUAUCCAGAAUGUCCAGCUGCAGGACAGGGGCACAUAUAUCUGCAGUGCACUUAGCUCUUUGGGUCGCGAUAGAUUACUAACCACUCUGGAGGUGUGGACCCGCCCCCCUCGGAUGCAGCUGGCCAGCUACAGAGAAGUUACCAUACAUCAGGGCGGAGAGGUGCACUUGGAUUGCCAGGCGGAUGGUGUUCCCACACCUCUCCUCUCGUGGGUUCUACCUGAUCGUUCUGUCCUGACCUCCACUGCCCCCUCCACCGGUCGCGUCACUAUAGACACAAAUGGAACCCUCUAUAUCUCAGUCACAUUACCGAGUGACAGAGGAGUGUAUCGCUGUGUGGCCUCUAAUUCAGCAGGUGCUGCCAGUGCUUCUGUGCGUGUACACGUGUCCUCACUGCCGCCAGUGAUGCAGCAACCAAGAGAGGAACACCUGCCUUUGUCUCCAGGGAUGCCUGUUUAUGCUCACUGCUCUGCCCGAGGUGCCCCACCACCAUCUCUGCGCUGGCGAAUCCCAGAUGGCACUCUAAUUCGUCCAUCCCAGUUUCUCCAUGAUAACCUUUUUGUCUUGCCCAAUGGAACACUGCAUAUUCGAAAAGUUGGGCCCAAGGACUCAGGGAAUUACGAGUGCACAGCAAGCAAUGCUAUUGGAACCGAUAAGAGGAUAGUGAGGGUAGAAAUUGAAAAGGGAGAAUCAGGAGAAAAAAGACAGGAAGGAGCAAGAAAUGAAGGGGAAAAAUCAGUUGCUUUUUCACCUUCGCUCCAUAAAGACAGAAAUUUGUCCAUACCCAGACACUCUUCAAAUGCAUUCAACUCCCCCAGGCUCUCCCCUUCAUCACCCUCUAAUGGAUCCACAAUCUUGCUGAUCACUCCCAGCUCUUCUCACUCUUCUGCUGAUCCUCGCCAACCCAAUUCCACUAACUCACCUCUUAAAAUCAAUAAAACAGUCACUGCAUCUCACACAUAUUUGUCCAACAUCAACAAAACAAAACUCUCCCCUCUCUCUCCAACCUCCACAGGGCCUAAAAAUAACACCAAAGUCUCACCCAGCAUUACAAACAGAACAAGAGCUACUAAUUCUUCCCUCUCUGACAAAAACAGAGCCUCAGCUGCUUUGAAUCCCUUGCCCGUCUCCCCCUUCAGUAAAGCCCAUAUUGUCUCUACAUCACCCUCCAUCACUACUGUCUACUAUGGGAGUGGUUUGCAGCUCCACUGCUCUGUAACUGGGAACCCAUCACCCAUCAUCAUUUGGAGGACCCCCAGCAAGAAACUGGUGGACAUGCACUUCAGCUUUGACCGGCGCCUGAAAGUGCAUCCCAAUGGCACCCUGUCAGUCCAGGCAGUAAUAGAGAAGGAUGCUGGAGACUACCUCUGUAUCGCACGCAACAAGGUCGCAGAUGAUUAUCGCCUCCUGCGUGUCUCUGUGGCUACGAAGCCUGCCAAGAUUGAGCCCAAGCAGCCGCCCAAUCAGAUGGUGUUGUUUGGCAAACCACUGAAGGUUGACUGCCAGGCAUCAGGACUGCCUGACCCGGCAGUCCAUUGGAGCCUCCCCGAUGGAACCAUGGUGAAUAGUGUGUUGCAGAGGGAAGAAAGAGGAGGACGAGCACGGAGGCUGACUGUGUUUGAUAAUGGGACAUUAUUGGUUCCAGCAGUGGGUAAGGGAGAGGAAGGAGAGUAUACGUGUUAUGCUGAGAAUCAAGGAGGUCAAGACACCAUGAAGAUCAAAGUAAAGGUCAUGAUGACAUCUCCACCAACAUUCACUGAGGAGAGAAGCUACCACCUCAUCAAAAUUCGUCAGGGGGCAACUGCCACAGUUCGUUGCCAGGUCACAGGAGAUCCUGCCCAGACAGUGACAUGGUUUUCCCCAACACACCGUGUCAUCCCACGAAGUUUGGGAUCCAGAUUUUAUCCUGAGCGGGUCGUGGUGGUUUCAGAUGGGACCCUGGAGGUGCGCCAGGCUCAAAAGACUGACGCAGGGAACUAUACAUGCCGAGCAAGCAACUCAGCCGGGGAGAGGAGCAUGGUGGUAGGCCUGGAGGUGGAGACUCCUAACUAUGGACAUGUGGGAGGGAGAGGUUGGAGCACUAGCAAUGGGCCAGGCAGUGGUCAUAGCAGUAGAUCAGGAGACAACAUUAAUAAUUCAGGUAAAGUCCAGUAUGGAUUUACCAAUGGAGUCACAAGCAAACUUGGUAGCAAUAAUAGCAGCAAUAAUGCCUAUAGUGGUAACAAUGGAAAGAUCGGAAAUAUUGUACCAAACACUGGCAUAGCAACCAGUGUCUUUAAUCCUGCCGUUAGGAGUAACAGUGAAAAUGGAUUUAACAGGCCUGUCAGUGGAACUCCAACUCAACUUGGUAGCACGGUAAUCAGUGUUGGUCUGGCUAGGAAUAUAGACAUUAAAACAGAUAACAGUGGAAUAAACAGAAGUGAACCUGACAUUGUAAGGAGUGGUAAUAAUGUUGGUAACAUUCACAGCACAGUUAGAGGAGAUAGUUUACAAAGGAAUUCUGGGACUAAUAAUAAUAAUGAAGUCAUUGCCGGGAAGGCCAGUAAUGAUGCUAACCCCAGUAGGGACAGUGGCCAGAUAAGUGGUAUUUCUAGAAAUGUUGGCAUAUUUAGCAUAAGUGGAAGUGGGUUCAGUAGGAGUAGCAGUAUAGGAGUAACCAAUGAUAAUAGCAGAAAUAGUGGUGGCUCAAGUAGUACUCGUAUAGCUACUAGUAAUACAGGUACUAAAAACUCCACUAACACAAUUGUGGGUGUGAUAACAACAGUGAAGCAUCGAGCCAUGAAAGGCCAAACUGUUCUUUUGCCGUGUCCCUCCCAAGGCUCCCCUCCCCCUCGUUUGGCUUGGCUUCUGCCUGGUAAUGGUGUGUUGCCGGCUCCUUACUACGGCAGCCGACUCACUGUGCACCGAAAUGGCUCGCUGGAGCUGCGAGGUGUGCGGGUGAGUGAUGGCGGAACCUUGGUAUGUGUGGUUAGAGGUGAGAGAGGAGAGACCAGGAUACAGGUAGAGCUGGAGGUUUCUGAGCAACAGGUGGAGGCCAGAUCUCCACACAGGGAACUGGCUGUGGAAAAACCUGCGCAGGAAAGUGCUGGUUUAAAAGAAGCAUCUCACUCAGGAGUCUCAUUGGAUUCAGGUCGAUCCGUAAACUCGAGGCCAGUGUUCCCUGAGAGACUUCCUCCAAGAAUCACAGUUACACCGAAGCCUGUACACAGAGGUCUGUCUUUACCUGUAGCACCUCACCCAGUUGGCUCUCCACCCCGCUCAGCUGGUCCCCUCUCAGAGCCAACAGUGAGCACAAGAACAGCUCCUUUGGUCAGCAUCAUUAAUGGAGAGACCCUUCGCCUGCCUUGCCCUGCUCCUCAAACCCGUGGAUACACCCAGGGCUCUCUCUCAUGGACUAUGCCCAGUGGCAAGGUACUAUCCCGGGGUGGGAGUGGUGACUCUGGGCGAUACUUAGUCCAAGAUGAUGGAACACUAACAGUGCAACAGGCCUCAGUAUUCGACCGUGGCACCUACACCUGCAGGUCCACCAGUUAUGACUCCUCUUCAGUUUCAGUGAUCACAGUUCCGGUCAUCGUCAUCGCAUACCCUCCCCGCAUCACAAUGGGCCCCUCCCCUGUGACCUACACCCGGCCCGGGGUUGCUGUGGAGCUGCCGUGCCUGACCAUAGCAACACCGCGUGCGACCGUUACCUGGGAAACACCAGAGCUGACACAGUUGAGGGUGAUGGGUCAGGCUCGUAUCUAUGGCAACCGCUACCUUAGUCCUCAGGGCUCCUUGGUGAUACAGAACCCAACAAGUAGGGAUACAGGAUUUUACAGAUGCACCGCCAAAAAUGUCAUAGGAGUGGACACCAAGGCGACCUACCUCCAUGUUAUAUAAUGGGGUGAAGCAAAUACACACACACACAAACAUGCAGAAGAAAAGCAGAGAAUCCAUCAGUCUUCUGGUGAAUGAACUCCUUUGCUGAUAACACUAGUGUCCCAGAUGCCCAAAGGAACUGCAAGGCUCUGUGCCGGAGAUACUGUUGAAUCUCAAACUAGACACUCCAAACAAACCGGUAUAUGUCUCAUAAAUGUAUUUUCAAAUUUGUGACUUUGUUUUCAAUACUGUAAUGUUUUUAUAUUAGGAGAGGUGAGAUGCCCUGCAGACACAGAGUCAUGCUUGUCAUUUCUUGUCUGCAUAAACAGAUGGUGUGCUUAAGGAGGGUUGUCUUAUGUAGUUUGUGGUACCUUAACCCAUUGGGCCUUGUUGUGUCAUUUACCUAAAAUCCUGUUUUGAGGUGAUUGAAGUGACUGAGGAAGUCAAAUAAAAUGUACAGCUUAUUUAAGAAUCCACAAACAUGAAUGCCCAAUUAUGUUAUGCGAGUGUUGUGGAGUAAAAAGAAAUGAAACAGACUGCAGUAUGUUUUUGCAACACUGGUUUUGUUUCCCUGCUUUAACAGUUUGGAAAAUAUGACCAACAAAUGAAUAUCUACACUACACUACAGAAAUCUGAUUUUGUGGAAGAAACCCUGCAACCUUUGAGGUUUUUUUUGCCUUUGAAGAAAGUAUUAUAUGAUCAUUUUUGUGCACAUCAAACUUUACUUGGCUUGAUUGCUUUAUUUAAUUGCUUUGUGUAUUUAUCCCCGAACACUGAACUUUCUACUGAAUAUUGAAGUUACAACACAGCAUCAGCAAAGAAGCAAAUUCUAUGUCAAUUCAGAAUUUCAGUUUCAGUUCACUUGGUAUUUACUUUAUUAUCUGUUCAAAUACCUAUUGCAUUUUUUAUUUAUAAACUACGCAAAAAUCGCAAAAAGGAUAGAUUUUGUUGUUGCGGUACAUAUGUGAGAAAUAGUAACAUGAAUUGGCAGCCUUAUUUGCAUUAUGCAGCCUACACGUUUAAUUAAAUCUGUAGCAGACAUGAUGAUGAAGGGCUUCAGCACUAUGAUACCCGCAAACACCAGCUUCUUCACAACUUUUUAAGUCUGUUCUUGUGAAUUAUUUCAUACUCUGACAAAUAUUGUUCUACCACCAUCAACUGUACCUCAUUUCUCACAGCUUUACUGGGGCAGAAAGGUACAAAUCUUUGCGAUUAUUUUGACAUUAAAGAUUGUAUAAAUGUGCAUAUGGUUCAAGACUGCCCUUGUGUACUAAGCCAUCGCCUCCUAACACAUUUUCUCUCCUCUUCAGAGCUUUCCUACUGUUGUUAAAUUAUUUGCCUCAUAGAGAUGCUGUUGUAAACUGCCAGUGUUUUGUCAUAAAGGGAGAAAUUAUUAAAAAAUAUUAUGUAUGUUUGAUAUCUCACUAGUCACAGUGAAUGUUUGCUAUAUUUUCAAUAGCUUCAUUUUAUAAAUAAAAAUGGAAAAUAA